UGCGAGCAACAGUUUGCCUUUCAGUGAUAUUUUCAGUUUAGUCGUCGAACGACAACGAUACGAACACGAAUCAUUUGUUGUAGUUUCCGUGUGAAAAUUACAGAAAAGAUUCCAAACGAAAACAAAAUCAGCGUCUAGUGCAAAAUGGUGUCCGUGGAGACAAUCGGUUCUAUAUUCAUCAAGGCCCUGAAGCUGAUCAUCAACCUGGUGAUCAUCUUCCUGUACCGUUGGGGCGAUGGCGGCGAAUUCCUGGGCAUUGGCGGCACUUGGAACUUGAACGAGGAGAAGAGCGCCGAUGCGGAAAUCGUGGCCUCGGGCGUUAUGGUUGGAUUUUUGAUUUACACUGGAUGCCACACGAUUGCCUUCGCCUUUGGCACCACCAAGCAUAAGGGAGAGCUCUGUGACACCAUCAUGAACGUGGUUGGCUGCAUCAUGUGGAUCACCGUGGGUGGAGUGGCCCUGCACUACUGGAAGGGUUAUAUGUCCGACGAGGGAUUCCUGUACGUAAACUCGGAGCGCCAAGUGGGCAUUGCCAUGGGAUCGCUGUGCGUCAUCGAGGGCGCACUGUAUCUGCUGGAUACCGUUUUGGCCUGCAUACACUAUUCGAAGGGCGACACCGACUACACGCAGUAAAAGUGGAGCAACGGGGCAAAUAAUCGCAAUCGCCGAAUAAACACAUCCACAUUUUUCUUUAUACUUAGAUCGAUUUAAGAACAAAUUAGUUUUUAUACGCAAUCAAGUGAAGUUCGCAAGAGUCAAUUGUCGCUCUACUAUACACUAACUGUUUCAUUACUUUCAAUAUUAACGUCCCAAUUUUGGCAAAUACAAAUAGUUAAGACUUUGCCAUUAA